AUGGCAUCGAGUCUUCUUGUCAUUGUGGUGCUCUGUUUGACCACUGGACUGUGGAGUGGAGCAAACGCACACCCUGAAGAUGACCCGUGCUGCGACACAUGCAAGAUCUGCCCUGCUGGAUGGACCCAGUUUGACGGUCACUGUUACAUGUACCGGCAUGCCCCAAUGGUCUGGGCUGAUGCAGAGGUUGCCUGCGUUGCCAUCGGUGGGAAUCUGGCAUCGAUCCCCGACAAAGCGGUGUACGAAUUCAUCAGAAGGAUCAUAAACACAUCGACUAACAAAGAUGGAGCAACUUGGGUUGGAGGCAAUGACUCGUCAAAAGAGGGUGUGUGGAUGUGGAGUGAUGGUAGCAAGUUUGAUUUCCCAUUCUGGCCCGUUGGCGAGCCUAACAACGCUGGAAAAGGAGAACAUUGCAUGGAACUGAACUUCAAAGAAAAAGAUUUCCCCAACGACACAAAGUGCUCUUCAGAGAUGCCUUUUGUUUGUCGCAUGCGCCUGUGAGGAUCCCCGCCAUGCGAUGUCAAGUCUACCAGGGUAUCAGGCCUCGAUGAUAUCACUGUGAGAAGACAUAUCAACAUUUUUGAUUUAAAAUGUUGCUGAUAAAAUAAACAGAUACAUCCUG